CCCUCAUCUUUUUUCUUCAAUGGCCAGGUUGAUAUCUACUUGCUCUUAAAAGUAACAAUGUAUUAUAAUGAGUUGUUUAAUUUGAAUGGAGUGCAGAUCACGACCCAUGUCACAAAGAAGCAUAAGAACAUUGAUGAUGUUCUACAAUCUCUCGUGUAUCCAGCAGAUAGUGAGGAAAUGAAGGUUAUUGGGUUCGAUACCGAGUGGUGUUUGUCAAAUGAAGAUGAUGAUUCCGAAGUUAAUUCCACGAUCAAAUGUGCCACUUUGCAUCUUUGUGAUGAAAAUACGUGUCUUAUUAUUCAGCUGCUACAUUUGAAGUCUAUUCCGGUGUCUUUGCUUAAUUUUCUUCGUUUACCGGAUUAUACUUUCGUGGGUGUUGGUAUUAAAGAAAAUUUGGAUAAGUUGGAGAAACAUUAUGGGAUUAGAUGCAGAAAUGCAGUGGAGCUAGGACCAUUGGCUGCUAGUGUCCUGAAGAUGCCUCGUUUGAGUGCUUGUGGCAUUGAUGAAUUGGCUCUUGUGGUUAAUAAACUUAAUAUUCGAAAGGAUAGACCUUUAAGUGUGGUUUUUAAGGAUUGGGGUCAAUAUAAACUUAGCAAGAAACAUGCUAAAUUGGCUACUGUUAAUGUUUACUCUUAUUUCAAUGUUGGUUGCAAAUUGCUUGCUGCUGAUUAAGCUCACCAAUUACUUGUUUUGGUUUAUUUUGUUGUUUGGUUUGAUUUAUAAUUACUGAUGUGUAAGCCUUUGGGUACCCAGUAUCUAACUUUUAUUAG